GUUAGAUAGCGAGUUAACUACGAGUAAGUUGUGGCAUUGUGAAGUGCAGGCGCUUAAAAUACAGUUGGAUUGCGGCCACCACCAUGCUGCUCGCUCUGUCUUGCCUGCUAGGGGCAUUCAUCACGGCCGUCUCAGCAGGCAGCUGCGACUCCUGCGUCGGGGGCAUCUGCCACCGGAAGAUGAUCGUCUUGGAAGGCUUCGAACAGAUCGGCCAGAUUGCCAUCGAUAGAACCUCCAACAUAUUCUACUUCCACGUUAAAGACAAUAGAAGAAAAUAUUACACUUGCGCCUAUGACCUUGACAAUGUGGUCUUAAACAGAAUAUGGGACGUCAAUUUCUCGUUCGCAAGAGCAGUUGACCCAGCGACACGGGACCUUUACCUUUCCCAAGAAGCUAGUGUUUACAAAGUCAACCCUAAAGAUAAUUUCACCGACGGCGUAACAGAAUUCAACAGAACAGUUUGGCACAUGCAGUUCAAAGACAAACUGUAUUACGCCGAAUUCGGCACAGCAAAUGGCAUUAAAAUCUACGAAAAUGGAAUACAUACGGACAUACCAUCUCUUACGAAUUACAAAAUCGAUGAUUUCAUUAUCGAUAAGAAUAACGACAUAUAUUUCUCUUAUGCCUUUGCAGUUUACAGACUGAGAAACGGCCAAAGCGAAGCCAAACUGUUUGCGGAUGAAAUCUAUUCGUUGACUACUGAUAAAUAUGGUGAAGCUCAUUUCAUACAACCGUAUAAUAGAGCUAUUUACAAACUAGACUAUAGUACAGAUAUGAUGGUGAACAUUGGCAUAAUAAGCGUAGGAACCCCGUACAAAGUCGUGUUCACAAGUGAUAACUAUAUAAUUUACAGUGAUAUUGAAUUUAACGGUAUGUAUUUCUUAGUACCAGAGACAGGAAAAUGCGUAAUAGACGAACAACGAACCGGUAAUAUUAUUACGAAGAGAAUUUCAUUAGACAUUGAUAAGAAUUAAACUAUAAAUAAGUUGAAUAGAAAUAAGUAAAUAAAUAAUAAAUACCUGAUAAAUCAUAA